UUUCAGAAAUACUUGCAUUGCAGAAUGAGAUAAAUGCAAUUGUGAUUUGUUACUGUAAUAUACUAUACAAAGGUUUGUAAUAAGAUUGAUUUUUCAGAGUACUGUUUCGAUUUCGAUAUUACUUAAUAUUAAGAAUGAUAAUUAAGGGCUUUCUGCCCUGGUUGCAAAUGAAAUGCCAUAAUUUAAUUAUUUGAAUACAAUCGUUUCUAUUGUGAAGAGUGAUUUCGUAAUACAAAUAUCGAAAUUUUGUAAUACGUAUAAUUUAAAGAAAUAUACGUUUACUCUAAUGAAUAUGUUUGUGAUAUGUUAUCAUUACUUAUAAAAUUAGCUUAUAAUUUUCAAAAAUUUAAUUUUUUUUAUUUUAACUUCCAAAAGGGAUUACUAAAGCUAUCUAUUUUUACAGCAAAAUUCACUUGCGGUGACAUCACGAGUCAGAAUGAAACUGUAUUCGUUAACAGAAACUAUCCUAACCAUGAAAACGGGACGGACACUUGUCAAGUGACCAUAGAAAAGCAAGAUAAUGUGUGCCAAUUGAGACUAGAUAUGCAUGAAUUCUUCCUUUCCGAACCAGACGAGAUGGGUCUCUGCACUACAGAUUCCUUCAUGGUGCGUACUACAGUGGGAGAAAGACUUCCAAUAUUAUGCGGAGAAAAUAAAGGGCAGCACUUAUACGUUGAUAUGGGACGAGGUUCAGGAAAUCCUGUUGUCCUCAGCGUCGUGAGUAACGGAGAUAAAUUGUCCAGGAGAUGGAAAAUAAAAAUCUCUAUGAUUGAAUGUGGAAGUCUUAAUAUGGCCCCAGCGGGUUGCCUCCAGUAUUUCCGAAAUCCCAGCGACAUCGUAAGGAGCUUCAACUAUGGACCAAAAAUGGACGGUCAAGUACGGUACUUGAGCAACCUGCGCUACACCUCGUGUGUUAGGGUUGAAGAGAACUUCUGUUCCAUCAAAUGGGAGACUGAAAGUCCAGGAGCCUUUUCUUUUGGUGCACCCCACGAUGGUGGAGCUAGUGGUUCCAUCUGCAAUGAGGAUGACUUCGUUGGAAUCGAUCAAGGAUCUGAAGAUGGAAUGGGACCUGGAGAGGACCGUUUCUGUGGUACAAAGCUUCAUGACAGGGAUGUACUUAUAUCUCGUAGUAAACCUUUUAUGAUUCGAGUCAAGAGCAAUCACGAUGCGCUUCUGAACAACCAAAAUUCGCAGUAUGGAUUCUCCCUACGUUACACUCAGCUUCCUUGUAUGAUUUGAAACUAGAUAUUUCAUCUAAGAAACUCAGGUCUGUGACACAUGGCACUUUUUAUGUUCCGGAGCUGGCUUUCUCCGGCAUCACUUUGUAACAUCCGAAAGAAGAAGCGGACUAUUUAUAAUUCACUAUUUAAAUGACUCAUCUUAUUUUAUUUCUCAUCUGUAUUUAACCUUGGACUGAGACAGGAUGAACUGAUGUUUAUGACUUUAUACCAUAUUUAUUUAAAAUCCGAAAUUUAUUGAGCAUUCAAAGGAAGAUUUAAGUUAGUCUCCAAUGCUAAGGUAAUAUUGAACGGUAAUAUUUAUACUUCAGCUCUACUUUAAUUUUUUAAAAAAGUAUUGGAAGAUUUCAAAAUUAUAUGAUUUAAAAUAUUUGCUUUAAGUCUCAAAUGAUUUAAUUAGUGCUAUGCAGUGUUCUUUAAGGGAUCGAAAGCUUUUUGUAAGUGCUUUCUCAAGCUUUUAGCAUUAAGUAGCUUAGAAUGAUUUUAUCAAUACGAAUGCAAAACGUCAUGUCAUCCGUCUGUUACAUAUUCCCACUUUAGGUGUUCACUGCAACAGUUCUUAAAAAUGCACUGUAGCAGUAUCACUUAAUAUGUUCAGUUGUAUACAGUCUUGUAUUGUUUUGUCCAUGUUUUGUAGCAGUCAAAGUGAUUGGAUAAAAAGUGUCCAAAGACGUUAAGUCUGAAACAUCGAAUUUUAGAACUUUUCAAAAUGAGUGACCGACUGCUUAGCCGAAAAGUGUUGUGUUCUGUGAAUCUUUGUUGUAUUUAAAGAUGUCAGUUUUUGUUUUUGUUCGAUCAUCAUUAAAAAGGAAUCAUAACCAUGA